AUGGCGCUCUUCAUUCUGCUGCUGCUGCUCCUCCCAGAGGCCUGCUGUGGGAUGCUGGAUGUCAAGUGUCCCUGGAGAUGGCACAAGGCUGAGCUGCAGCCACAGAACUUUUACCGGCCAGGAGACUUCAUCUUUGGUGCCAGCAUCUCUUUGGCAAGAGGUAUUUUUGGACCACACACUUUCAAUAAACCUGCUUCUAAUGAAGAGCUUCACAUCUCCGAGGUGAAAACGGGUGGUAUUCCAAUCAAGCUGCAGUCACUGAAGGAGUUGCUCCACCCUUUCCUGAGAGACCGCCAGUUUCACAACCAUUCUCUUGAUGGAGUGUAUUUAGAUGAGAACGGAGACUUGGCAAUCAACUUGGACCUGAUCAAUUGGCCCCUGCCCCAGGCCAGGUGUGUGGAGAGCUGCAGCCCGGGAUUCUUCAAGGUGGCUCGGGAAGGACAGCCCGUGUGCUGCUAUGACUGUGCCCCAUGUGCAGAAGGAACCAUCUCCAAUGAAGAGUAUUGCCUGAUGUGUCCUGAAGAUAAGCAUCCAAACACAGCCCGGGAUCAAUGCAUCCCCAAGGUCAUCACCUUCCUCUCCUAUGAAGAAUAUUUGGGGACCUUUCUCACUGGCAUGGCCCUACUCCUCUCCAUAGCCACAGGAACCAUUUUGGGAAUCUUCAGUAAAUUUCAAGAAUCCCCAGUAGUCAAGGCCAACAACAGAGACCUGUCCUACAUUCUGCUUGUCUCCCUCCUGCUUUGCUUUGCCUGCUCUUUCCUCUUCAUUGGCCAGCCAAGAAGCAUCACCUGCCUCCUCCGGCAAGUGGCCUUCAGCAUCAUCUUCUCAGUGGCCAUCUCCUCCCUUCUGGCCAAAACGGUCACUGUGUUACUGGCCUUCCUGGCCACCAAGCCAGGCAACAGGGCAAGGAACUGGUUGGGGAAGAGUUUGGCCAACUCCAUUGUCAUCUGCUGUUCCAGUAUUCAAGUAGUCCUCUCCACCAUCUGGCUGAGCACCUCUCCCCCUUUCCCUGACUCUGACAAGCACUCCCAGUCUGGGCAGAUCCUCCUGCAGUGCAACGAAGGCUCUGUGGCCAUGUUCUACGCUGUCCUUGGAUACAUGGGCUUCCUGGCUGCCCUCUGCUUCACAGUGGCUUUCCUGGCCAGAAAGCUGCCCGGCGCCUUCAACGAGGCCAAGCUGAUCAACUUCAGCAUGCUUGUCUUCUGCAGCAUCUGGGUGUCCUUCGUGCCUGCCUACCUGAGCACGAAGGGCAAGUACAUGGUGGCCGUGCAGGUCUUCUCCAUCUUGGCCUCCAGUGCUGGGCUGCUGGGCUGCAUCUUCCUCCCCAAGUGCUACGUCAUUCUAUGGAGGCCUGACCUGAAUACCAAGGAGCACCUGAUGAUGAAAAGCACAGCAUAA